AUGUAUGAGACUCUUUCUACUUCACCCCUUCAAUUGAUUUUUAAGAAAAAAGUUCCUGCUUAUGAAGUAUGGCAGAACAUUGAGAAAGCUUUUCGAGACAAUAAGGUUAACAAAGUUAUCCAGAUUGAUAACAAACUGAGAAACAUCUCUAUGGGUAACUCUAAUAAUACCGAAUAUUGCAACCGCAUCAAAAAUAUUGCAGAUUUGUUAGAAAACAUGGAUGCCAAAGUUUUCUCGUCUUUUCCAACUGUUCUGGUCACGGAUGGAACUCACCAGAACAAUACCAAAUGUUUAGGCGGCUACCAUGGUGGACGAUGCGGCAGAAAUCAACGUGGAGGCCAAGAUGGUGGUCGAUUCAACGAUGGGAAUAAUUACUCUGGUGACUACAUGACAAUUUUCAGUCCGGUGGGGGAAAUCGCAGCUUCAGCGGAAGCAAUAGAAGUGACGGUGCAUGGGUCUUUGGUUGGUAGCAGGUUACGCCUGGUGUUCGUCCAUCAUAGCAACGUAGCCUAUUGCCUACUCCUCCAAAUGGGCCUCAACAACAUCAGCACCAAGUCUAACAUCAACCAAGCCAUCAAUUUUUUCAGUAUUCUACUGACCGAACUCCAUCACAUCAGCCCUCUUUAUCUUGAUGACUUGAUCUCACAAGGACAGUAA